UGUUACGUCUCUGUUCGAUAUUACGCUAGAGCCUAGACCUCUCCCGGUCUGCGUUUCUUCUCUCUCACUCAUGGCAGCAUCCUUGUACCCCUCUCUCUCACUACACCCAUUUCGACCUCAUCUUUCACAUCGAGCCACCAGUUUCCCGACUAAAAAUCCAACCUUUCUCCUGCACCGGUGCUUUCAAUUACCCGGAGGACGAAGUCUCCCCAGCCGACAUUUUUCUGUGACACCCAUCUCUGGUGACUCUCAUCGUACGACUUCGGACGAGCCUCUUAAGGUUUUUGAGAUCCUGGUCCGUGUAGCUGCCUCUGCCCUACUCUUUCUUGGCCUUGGCGUUCGCGUGUGCUUGGCCGCUCCUACUAGGCACCCGCCCGUUCCUGCCUGCGAUGAGCAGACGUUGCAGGAGGAGCUCAACAUUCAAGAUAAUGAUAAGGGGAAUCUCAACAACGUGCAAAAGAUCGAAGAUGGGAAUAUGGAUGCAGCAUUUGAAACAUGGAAGUCCAAAACAUUUGCUUUGUCCGUUCCUCUCAGAAUUGUUGUUCUAAAUGCCUCCAUACCUCCUUCGUGGCUUAAGGAACUCUUGCAAUCACAAGGAAGGAGAUUAAGGUUUAGCUCAAAAUAUGCUGCAAGUCUAGAGAACAUAUUUUCUGAUCUAUCUGCAUCCUGUAACACAGGCAAUGUUGGGCCAACAUCUACAAUGGCAGCUGACAUAGUUACUGUCGGUGACUCUUGGCUUAAUUUUGCAAUUAAAGGGGGUAUAAUUGAACCCAUAAAGGGGGUAGAGGACCAGGAUUGGUAUACAGGCUUAAGCGACAAAUGGAAGGCAUAUUUACGCAGGAACUGCGAGGGAGAAAUUGAUCCUGAAGGUGAAAUAUGGGCUGCUCCGUAUCGAUGGGGUACCAUGGUUAUAGCAUACAAGAAAAGUAAAUUUCAACAGUACAAAAUUGAUCCUAUAGAGGACUGGGCAGAUUUAUGGCGGCCUGAGCUUGCAGGGAAGAUUUCGAUGGUUGAUUCUCCUAGAGAGGUGGUUGGUGCAGUUCUGAAGUAUAUGGGGGCAUCAUACAACACAAAGAAUAUUGACUCGCAAGUUGCUGGUGGGAGGAAUGCUGUGCAGCGGAAUCUGGCAUUACUUGGAAAACAGGUUCGGCUGUUUGACAGCAAGCAAUAUAUAAAAGCAUUUGGGGUGGGAGAUGUUUGGGUGGCCGUCGGUUGGAGUAGUGACAUCCUGCCUGCUGCUAAACGUUUGUCUAAUGUUGCAGUAGUGGUUCCCAAGUCUGGAGCAAGCUUAUGGGCCGAUUUAUGGGCAGUCCCAGCAGCUUCAAGAUUUAAAACAAACCAAAUCGGAGGGCGAGUAAGAGGGCCAUCUCCAUUAAUCCACCAAUGGAUAGAAUUCUGCCUGCAAUCAGCAAGAGCACUGCCCUUCAAACAGGAGAUAAUUCCAGGAGCUGUUCCAUCUGCCCUUGAAAAUGCCCCAGCUAAAUUGCCCGAAGAGCUCACAAAGGGUAAGCCCAAGCUCGAUACAAACCUUAUUGUGGGAGUGCCUCCACCUGACAUUUUGGCAAGGUGCGAGUUCUUGGAGCCACUGCCUGAUGCUCUAGUAUCAGACUAUAAGUGGCUGAUUUCAAGCAUGCAGCAGAAACCUGUUCCUGGUUCAAGUUCAACCCAUUGGAUACAGCAGUACAGAAGUAACAUGAAUUAAUGCACAGCUUUGUCGAAUUUACCAAUUGUUGUAGCAAUUCGGUACGAAUGAUUUAAAGAUACAAAUUGUUGUAGCAUUUCAGUACCAAUGCUGUAGCCAAGAUUAUACUAUUCUCUCAAGGGACAACAGUAACUAUAUAUGUAAGUGUAUGCAGAGAUCAAAGAGGAAGUUCCAUUUUCAUAAAA